AUGCUGCUAAGGUUAUCAGUGAUAGCUUUAUCCUGUCUCUACCUCAAUGCGAACCCUAUUGUGGACACAGAUCUCGGGCGAAUCGAAGGAUUCCACCAUAAGCUGCUAAAUGGCCAUGAAGUGAAUCUAUUCCUUGGAAUCCCAUAUGCAGAACCUCCGGUUGGCGACCUACGAUUUGAGGUAAAUAACAUCGACCAAGUCUAAUGUCAACUCUUAUUCCAGCGUCCUAAACCCCAUGAGCCUUUCGCUCAUACAAUCCGCGCGAAGAAAUACUCAGCGGCCUGUCCAUCUCACGCUGAUAUGGACGCGGUUGGACCGGAGAACGAAGACUGUCUAACCCUGAAUGUGCUGGCUCCGAAUCCAAAAGAUAUCCCGGUCCCAGAAGGAGGGUACCCUGUGCUCUUCUGGGUGCAUCCAGGAGGAUAUUGCAUAGGCUCAGCUAGUUGGUUCUCAUACGAAUCAAUCGCUGAGAACUUUCUUUCCAGAGGAAUUAUUGUGGUCACCAUUAAUUAUCGACUGGGAUUCUUGGGUAAGAAGACUUUUGAUGAGCAAUAAUCUCAAACAUUAAGCAAAAUUCACUCAAAUUUAUAUUGCAGGCUUUGCAACCACUGGCGACUCCGCUCUCCCAGCCAACAACGGUCUUUUUGAUCAGACUCUGGCUCUCAAAUGGGUCUAUGACAACAUCAAGUCUUUCAACGGAAACCCCAAAAAGAUCACAGUCUGGGGACUGAGUGCAGGAAGUGCCAGUACCGGACAGCUGAGUGUUUCUCCCUACUCUAAGCCCUUCAUCUCAAAGUCAAUUCAGAUGUCUGGAAGUUUCUUCGCUUCAUGGACGACUUCGGAUCAAGUCUUGAAUGUGACCUCAGACUUAGUAAAAGCGGUCGGAUGUGAAAGAACGAAUUCGCAACAAGUCAAAAAGUGUCUCAAGCGAAAGAGUUUGAAACAAUUGGUCGAUGCGACACAUCACUUAGGAAUUAAUCGGAAAACGUUGAACUUGGCCUUAUACCAACCAAGAUUGGAUGGAGACUUCUUCCCCAAAGAUUACCCUGAAUUACUAAAAGAGAGCAAUAUUCCAACUCUUGUAGGAUCGGCUAACGACGAAAGUAUUCUGUUCGGUAAGAAACAAGACUAUGCUAUCGAACGAUUGAGUUAAAGCAAAUCUAAUAAACUAAUUGCAGCUGUUUUCAACGUCCUGAACUCGAUCAAUGGACUUGGCCUGUCUCCUCAAGAGAUCCCAACCCUAACACUCGAAGAUCUCAAACGCAGAAUUCGUGAAAACAUCUUCCCCACCCACGAAUAUGGCAGAAGAGCGCCAGAAAUCCAAGACCGAGUCAUCGAAUACUAUUUGAAAGACCUCAAGGACGCCAACAACCCUAUUGAACUCGUCGAAAUCUAUGCCCGAAUUCAGACGCACAUGCAAUUCUUCGUCCCCAUGCUGUACGAGCUGAAAGAGCGAUCGAAACUGGACACUCCAGUUUAUGUCUAUCACAACAAUUACUACGCCGAUCAUCACUUCCCCGAGGGAACACCGAUCAAAGCUGCUGUCCAUGCCGCCGAAUUGAAGACCAUGUUCGACUUUCCGAUUCCUGACAAUUAUGAGCAUACUUUGGAGGACAUUGCACACAGAGAUCGGCUGUUGGGGGCCAUCGAAAACUUUGUUAAAACUGGGUAAGUUGGGCUUCCCAACUGUGACUAUGAACUUUACAAUGACAUUACAGUCUUACCCUUUAUACUGAACAAAAUGAGACCAAUCAUUUCAGAAAUCCGUCGAUUCCUGGCGUCGAAUGGCCCAGAAUUACCAAAGAGGCUCCUUUCAGACACGUCCAUCUGGACGACAAAGCCGAGGUCCGCGACACUUUCGACGAAGAACUUCUCGAUUUCUGGCUCAAAAUGCGAGAAGACUUUGGAGACAUUGUUGUCCGAAACAUUCACUUCGGAAAUUACGUGGACGAACACGAAAAGACCGAGUUGUAA